UUCAAAUACAAAUUAGAGGGAAGUAAGCUCCCCUCUUCUUCUUCCCCUCUUCGAAAAAUCGACGUUCAUCCCACCACUCCGAAUCAACGAAUUUCAUCAAGAAUUAUUGUCCCAAACACAUAAAAAGAUAUAAAAGUAGUCAAAAUGGUCAAAGCAGUUGCUGUCGUCCGUGGUGACUCUAAGGUCAGCGGGACCGUCACCUUCGAGCAGACUUCCGAGUCUGCCCCUACUACCAUCUCAUGGGAUAUUACCGGUUAUGACCCCAAUGCCAAGCGUGGAAUGCACAUCCACACCUUUGGUGACAACACCAACGGCUGCACAUCCGCCGGCCCUCACUUCAACCCCCAUGGCAAGACCCAUGGUGACCGAGUCGAUGAGACUCGCCACGUCGGUGACCUCGGAAACGUUGUUACUGAUGCUCAAGGCAACGCCAAGGGUUCUCUCGAGGACUCUUUCGUUAAGCUAAUUGGCCCCGAGAGCAUUAUUGGCCGAACUGUCGUCUGCCAUUCUGGUACGGAUGAUCUCGGCAAGGGUGGUAACGAGGAGUCUCUCAAGACUGGCAAUGCUGGCACCCGACCCGCGUGCGGUGUUAUUGGCAUCUCCAACUAAGUAUCUUCCAGAUGAAAAUGAAGAUAAUAGGUAAUCCAGUUUGACUAAAGGGGGUUUGAACGCUGCAUAGUCGGUUGAUGAUAGCUCCUGAAAAUAAAUGUCACUCUAUCGCACACAAUAUUACUGCCUGCUGAUGACUGACAUCCAAUUGCGUAAUUGAAACCAUUGCCACAUAUGCAAUCACUUACUACUAGUAUGUGCUACUAGUAUGUACUACUAGUAAUAGAGGUAUAGCAAAAUAGUAAAAAUAUCAUGUCGUAGGUAACAAUGAAGUCUGCGUAUA